GAAGCCAAUUUUGAAACACCUCGAAGUCGCAUAUAUGUGCGCAUAUCUGUCGCGUCUUGGCACAUGGUUAGCGUUUAGUCGCGGCGCGGGGUGUUAGCGACCAAUCUGAAACGAUGUCACCGCGCGUUGUUUUGGCGUUUGUACGUGGCUCGUGAACAGAGAGCAACAGGGUGGUCGACAGUUAAACUUGGUGCUGCGGGCGAAGUUGACAACCGGCGGCCAACUCGGCAGCGGUGUUUGUGUGAAGGUAUGUGCGCAAGCUAGCGGAACAAAGCAAAGAGAAGAGGCGUUUUAACGUAAGGCGCGAGACGGUGAUGUCUGUGCGGUGGACUGGUGUGACUGUUGGACAGGGGCAGCCUGUUGACAGGCUCACGUCAUACAUCAGCUGGUCGCGUUCAGGGCUGCUGGACGUCAGCCCGUUUUGUUUUGCCUCAGUAUGGAUUGUGAGGUUGUGUUUGCAGCCUUGGAGAAAGUAUGUGAAGACAACAUUUCUGUUAUGUGUGGCCCUUCUGAUUUGCCAUACGGUGAGGUUGCCCAGCGUCUGGUCACGUGUAUGAGACAGAUCCAGGAGCACGGCCGAGCUCUGGAGCCCGUGGUCUGCGGCUUCACCGCCCUCUUCCACCAUUAUGACUUCGAUGCACAAACGCCGGGUAAUGGCUACCGCACCCUGGUCAAGGUCUUGCAGUCUUGCCUUUUGCACAUCAUUCACAAAGGCCGGUACAUUGCCUCGAAUUACACUAAUGCCUUCUUCAGGGCCGACCACAACACCUCUGAGAUGGAGGCGUACUGCAGCGCCCUGUGUCAGCUCCGUGCCCUGCUCCACCUCGCCCAGCGGCUGAUGAACGACAACGAGUGCGGCCAGCUGUACUCCCAGCAGGACAGGGAGCUGAGCCAAAAGUUCGUGCAGGAGUACAGCUCCAUGCACAAAGCCUGCUUCUAUGGCCGCUGUCUGGGCUUUCAGUUCUCUCCAACUCUACGCCCCUUCCUCCAGACUGUUGUCAUUAGCAUGGUUUCAUACGGAGAGGUUUAUGGUAAACAGCAGUCUGGCUUGGGCAUGGCAGCCCUCUCGCUCCUCACAUCGGGGAAGUACGUCAUCGACCCGGAGUUGAGGGGUGCCGAGUUUGAACGCAUCACCCAGAACCUGGACAUGCAGUUCUGGAAGUCCUUCUGGAACCUCACGGAGUCCGGCCUUAUAACAGGCUUCAGCAGAAUCGCCUCUAACCCAGUGCAGGUGAACUUCACCCUGACUUUGCCUCCUGUUGCCCUGCGCCUCCCGCUGGCCUCAGAUCCCAGUCUGACAGCCACAGUCUCACCUCCGAUAGCCCACUGGGGCCCUGGGCCAGUCCACAUCCGUCUGAUCUCCCAUGAGCUGCGAGAAGGACAGGACAGUGAAGAGCUGUUGACUUUUUCUCGAACCAACCCGCCCCCACUCUCCAUGUCCCAUCUCCCCUGGGUGCAGAAGCAGCCCCGCUCCCCCUCGCUGCUCAUCCACUUCCAUGGAGGAGGCUUCGUGGCUCAGACUUCCAGAUCCCAUGAGAAUUAUCUUCGGAGCUGGUCGAAGGAGCUGAACGUACCCAUCCUCUCUGUGGACUACUCACUGUCACCUGAAGCGCCCUUUCCCCGAGCUCUGGAGGAAUGUUUCUACGCCUACUGCUGGGCUCUGAACAACUGUCACCUGCUGGGCUCCACAGCAGAGCGGGUUUGUCUGGCAGGUGACAGCGCUGGAGGAAACCUCUGCAUCACUGUGUCCAUGAAGGCCAUGUCCAGCGGCGUCCGCGUCCCCGACGGCAUCGUUGCCGCCUACCCCGCCACCUUGCUCACCACUGAUGCCUCGCCCUCCCGCCUGCUGACGCUCAUCGACCCGCUGUUGCCCCUGGGUGUUCUCACAAAGUGCAUCAACGCCUAUGCAGGUGUAGACUGUCAGACGGUGCAGCCUGCUGUGGGAAGCGGCAGUCUGAGCUCUCUGGGCAGAGACACAGCUGUGCUGCUUAGCGAUCUCACUCAGGGAGCCUCCAACUGGAUCCAGUCCUUUCUGGACCCCAUGCGGACUUCAGGUGGAUCACGAUCACUGUCACCAGCACUGGGGAGGUUCCAGAGCAGCGAGCGUCGCAGGACUUCCGCUCACACCUCCGGUCAAGUGGAUUACCCGAACGGCUUUGAGCCCCUGCGCUCCGAGUGCCCGGCCUUUGUUCGCCCGACGUCCUGCCCCGUCAUCAGGAACCCGUUUGUGUCGCCCCUGCUGGCUCCUAACAACCUGCUGAGGGGCCUGCCACCUGUACACAUAGUGGCGUCUGCUCUGGAUGCCUUGCUGGAUGAUUCUGUGAUGUUUGCCAAGAAGCUGCGAGACAUGGGCCAGCCCGUGAGUCUGACGGUGGUGGAGGACCUGCCCCAUGGCUUCCUCAGCCUGUUGCAGCUCAGCAAGGAGACGGAGGGCGCUUCAGAAAUCUGCGUGGAGCAAAUGAGGAAGGUUUUUCAGCAAGAUAACCCGACUCCUGCUUUUCGCAAACGGCCAAAGCUGGAAGAGACUUAACAGAGUAGCGAUCCAUCCAGCUGAUCAAGCUCUCAUCAUUGGGACUUUGAUAAGAGAGCUGACAUUUUCCGGUGAGAGAGAUGCAAUAAAUUUAAAGGAAAUGAGGGAUAAUUAUGAAGAGAUAUGAAAACUAGAGGAAAUUUACUGCGUAACAUUUUCUGUAGGCAAUGAUAGACAAAAGAGCCACUAAAAAGUUUUCUGUACGACCCUAAGUGAUGACAGAAAUGGAAAUAACUAUUUUUCUCUCGUUUUCAAGAUCAAUUGCACAUUGAGAGUAUAAGAGAUUAUUAACCGAUAUGUGGAAGCGUUUGUGCCUUGAAUUUGAAAUGCUGCUGUAUUUGAACAGAAUAUUGAGCAAUGCUUUGCCUUUGUUACCAAACUGACCAGAGUUAAAGGUUUACUUGUACAGGAAACACAUUCCAGAUGCACUCUAUUGUUAUUAAAUAUUAUAUUAUGGUAGGAUUUAAUGUGUAACCUGAUUUUGCAGUUUGUCACAUGUUUACAUCAUACUGACAAGGAGGCCUUUACUUUGUAUCUACCAGCAGUAUAUGGAUGUGGAAGUAACUUAUAACUCUGUAAAUUAAGUAUUUCUUAAUAUUUAACACUACAUUGUAUUUACAGUCUGAAUUAAAUCAAAACUGCAAAGAUU